GGUGAAUCCCGCAGCAGCUGCCUGUUAGUCUGCGGGGAAAAACGCGUUUCUACAGGUUGAACAGCCGAAACUGUCACUAUGGAGGUUUCUGAACAUGACGGCGGAGUCAAGGAGAUUUCAGAGAAACUGGAAAAGUCUUUGUCCAUGGAGACGGAGGACAACAUGGACGCCUACCACAGAUUAAUUCAAGAUGCAAAAGAUGUUUUCAGACAAGGGGACACAAGCAAAGCUCUGGAGUUCUUCAAGUCGGCGUACAACAUUCACCAGAGUCAAAAACUGGAGACCAGGAUAAAGAAAAUUGAAGAACUUAUUGCUCAGAAUGACUCUGAGGAAGAGGAUGAAGAGUUUGUCAACGUCAACAACAGCGGUUUAAUGCUUUUCAAAGACUUAUAUGACAAGCUUUAUGACUACCAGCGAGACGGAGUGGCCUUCAUGUACAGUCUGUACAGAGACGGGCGUAAAGGCGGGAUCUUGGCAGAUGACAUGGGCCUCGGUAAAACCAUCCAGGUGAUCUCGUUCCUCUCUGGUAUGUACGAUAACGAGCUGGUCAAACACGCGCUGCUGGUCAUGCCUACUUCACUCAUUACAAACUGGACCAAGGAGUUUGCCAAAUGGACUCCCGGCAUGAGGGUCAAGGAGUUCCAUGGUACCAGCAAAGGAGAGAGGACCAGGAACCUGGAGAGAGUUCAGAGGAGAGGUGGCGUCGUCAUCACCACGUACACUAUGCUCAUGAACAACUGGCAGCAGCUGUCAUCGUACCAUGGCAGAGAGUUCACGUGGGACUACAUGAUCCUGGAUGAGUCCAUCGUCGAAGACAUGGAUGAUGAGGAUGAAGGUGAUGAAGAUGACAUUUCUGACGAGGCUGAAGAGGACGACAUCAUUGGCUCAACUAAUGAGCUUCAGCUGGAGGAGACCACUGGAGAGACCUUAAACACAGAAGGGGAGGAGGAGGAGGAGGAUUGCUCUGAGUCUGCAGAUGGCGUCGAUGCUUCGGCAGAGGAAAUGUGCAGUAACCUGGAGGAAUCAGCCAGCGAGCCCGAGCUAGCCUCCUCCGAGAGAAUGGAUCAGUGCACCGUUGAUGCAGGAGUCGAGACCAACGGGAUGAAGGACGUCGCCGAGGACGAGAGCUACGACUCCCUGGUGAGCAGAGGGAGGGAGGUCUACAACGAGGGGAAGCUGGAAGACGCUCUGGGCUUCUUCCUGAGGGCCAUCGACAUCAAACCUGGAGAUCCUGAGAUCCAGCUCAUGACCAUCCAGCUGUACCGGCAGCUGAGCCAGAGACGUUAA